UACUGUAGCGUUCAUUGGCAUCAACUUUCUUAGAUGGCAGGAGACUGCAACUCUGCGAAAUCCAUGGAAAGAGAGCUGAGAGAUGAUCCAUGCUCUACUGGAGAUGAUGCACUUGCUGUAAAGCCCAAGAAAAAGAAAACAAAGGCCAAAGAAAAGAAGUCUCUGAAGGAAAGCAAGGGGAAAACACACAGAAAGAUAAAAACGACUAAAAAGGAGAGCAUGGACUUUGAUGAAAGUGGUGACAGAAGGCUGAAUGUGAAGGAAGAGCCAGAGGAAGAUUCAGACUUUGUUGCAGAGAGGAAAGGGAAAAAGAGGAAAAGAAGGGUGGAUAACACUGAUGGUCCAUCUUCUACCUCAGAGGAUCCUUUGCCGAAAAAGAAGAAGAAAGUUGCAGAAGGGGGGCAGGGAACCUCUGCAACUGAGAAGAGAAAAACGAAAGAAGAAAAGGUGAAAAAAGAGGAGGGAGAGCAUCCUGUCUCCAGCAAAAAGAAAAAAACUGAGGAGAUCAAGGCAGCCAGGGCUCUCAAGAUAAAGAAGAAAGAGGAAGAGGAGAAACAAAGAUGGAGAUGGUGGGAAGAGGAAAAGUAUGAGGAUGGAAUUAAAUGGAAGUUUCUAGAACAUAAAGGACCAUAUUUCCCCCCUGAGUAUCAACCCGUUCCAGAUGAUGUCAAGUUCUAUUAUAAUGGAAAGGCAGUGAAGCUCAGUCUGGCAGCUGAGGAGGUGGCUCUUUUCUUUGCUCAGAUGAUGGAUCACGAAUACACCACAAAAGACAUCUUCCGCAAUAACUUCUUUAGGGACUGGAGGAAGGAGAUGACUCUGGAAGAGAGACAGCUGAUCAUAGAUCUGAACAAGUGUGAUUUUGCAGAGCUCAAUACCAUGCACAAACAGAAGGUGGAAGCCAGGAAGAACAUGACCAAAGAGGAGAAACUGGUUAAUAAAGAGGCAAAUCAAAAGAUCGUUGACGAGUAUGGCUUCUGUGUGUUGGACCACCAUCGUGAGCGCAUUGGGAACUUCAAGAUAGAACCUCCAGGGUUGUUCAGAGGCAGAGGAGAUCACCCUAAACAAGGAAUGCUGAAGAAGAGGAUUCGUCCUGAAGAUGUCAUAAUCAACUUCAGCAAGGACUCCCGUAUCCCAGAACCCCCAGCUGGACACAGAUGGAAGGAAGUUCGUCAUGACAACACAGUAACAUGGCUCGCUAGCUGGACGGAGAAUGUACAAGGCAGCUGUAAAUAUGUGAUGCUCAAUGCCAACUCUAAACUUAAGGGUGAGAAGGAUUGGGAGAAGUAUGAGGUGGCUCGGAGACUGAAGACCUGCGUAAAUGCAAUCCGAACCCAGUACCAGGAGGACCUCAAGUCCAAACAGAUGGGAACACGCCAGAGAGCCGUAGCCCUCUACUUUAUUGACAAGCUGGCUCUGAGAGCAGGUAAUGAAAAGGAAGAGGGUGAGACGGCAGACACUGUGGGUUGUUGCUCUCUGCGUGUGGAGCACAUCACCUUACAUGACAUACUGGACGGCCAGAAUUGUGUAGUGGAGUUCGACUUCCUGGGUAAAGAUUGCAUCCGCUAUUACAACAAGGUUCCUGUGACCAAAAGGGUUUUCAAAAACCUCAAGCUUUUCAUGGACAACAAGCAAGGAGGAGAUGACAUCUUUGAUCGACUGAAUACUCAAUUGCUGAAUAAACACCUUAGUUCUCUCAUGCCAGGACUGACUGCAAAGGUUUUUAGGACAUACAAUGCCUCCAUAACCCUGCAGCAACAACUAAAAGAACUCGGCAACAUGACAGAUAAUGUGGCAGAGAAGUUGCUAUCUUACAACAGGGCAAACCGUGCGGUUGCAAUUCUAUGUAACCAUCAGCGGGCGGCGCCAAAGACCUUCGAACAAUCCAUGUCUAAUCUGCAGACAAAGAUUGAUGGUAAGAAAGAGCAACUGGCCCUGGCAAAGAAAGAGCUGAAGCAGGCCAAGAAAGAAGCCAAAGGGAGCUCAGACAACAAGCUGCUCACUUUGGUGGAGAGGAAGAAGAAAGCAGUGCAAAGAUGUGAAGAACAGCUGCUGAGGAUGGAGGUUCAGGCUAUGGACAAAGAGGAGAACAAACAGAUCGCCCUGAGCACCUCCAAACUUAACUACCUGGAUCCACGCAUCAGUGUGGCCUGGUGUAAGAACAUGGAGGUGCCACUUGAUAAAAUAUACAACAAAACCCUAAGGGAUAAGUUUGCUUGGGCUAUCGACAUGACCGAAGUUGACUUUAUGUUCUAAUUGUGGUUUGCUUAACCCCUAAUUCAUCCUAAAAUGUUAUUCAAAAUCACAAUUUAAUUGAAACU